UUUGAAGUUUAAAACUUAAUUUUAGAUUUGUUUGUUUCUUUUAUCGUAGUUCAUUUUCCAGCAUUAAUUUUUAAAUCGCUAAGAUCACAUACACUAAGUUUUACAUAAUUUUCCUUUGUUGUUGUUAAUAAGCAUUACUGCUUACAAUCUUCUUCCGAAGAAUGGAUUUUGGAAGAUACUGUACCAAUUCCAUCAACGGGAACAUAAUUUUAAACUGAACAUAGAAAAUACUCAAAACAUGGGGUCAAAUACACCUAAUUUAAGAACGGUAAAUAUAUCAUAUGAUAUUUGUUUCUCACUGACCUAGUGGUCCCACAACACAGUGACAGAGGAAACCCUCAGCUCACAGCUCCAGGCGAUUUUUCGUCGCCGCCGGCGCCGGCGCCGCCGCGAGCCCCGUCGACUCCCUCGCCGGCGGCGGCUGGACGGGACGGAAUCUCAGGUCAACCCUCUCUCCCCGCCAUUAGAAUCUUCGCGAUACUCCCCCAAUCGGAGGAGAAACGAAACCCUCGUCGAGAAAUUUGGACGCGCGCGAUUGCUCCUCCUGCUUGGGUUUCUUGGUUGCUCGAGAUCUCUCUCUCUGCAAUGGCGGUCAGCUCGGAGCUGGAGGGCUUGCAGGACGUGGAGCCCUCCCGCUUCAUCGCCUUCUCCUUCCCAAACCCUCUCCUCCUCCUCGACCACGCCUCCGACCCGUACGCCCAUGGCGGCCAUGAGUUCCUCCGCGUGGCGGUUCUCGACCACUCCUCACCCCACCCGUCGCCGCGCACGGCGGCGAUGCUCGUGCCGGCGGGGCGGCACCGCGACUGGAUCUUCUCCACCCGCGCCGGCCACCUGCACCUCCUCCUCGCCUCCCGCUCCCAGUGCAGCCACCUCUCCCGCCUCAUCCUCGUCGGCCCCGAGCUCUCCGCGCCGUCUCCUUCUCGGGUGGUGGUCGUCGCCGCCGCCGCUCGCCCGGACCCGGAUCCUGCUCACGCGCGGCUGCUCCCACUCCUCCUGGCUCUAUGCCCCCGUGCCGCGUUUGGGGGCGAUGCUAUCCCUGACGUGCCAUUGCUCUCCUUCCAUGAUGACCUCCUCCGGCUUGCUCCUGUCAAGGUUGUCGCUGGUCCUGUGGUUGGUGAGAUGGUUGUUGAGGAUGUGGCCGUCGACUGCGCGCCACGUUCGGCUGAAUUGCGCCGCCGAUUGCGGUUCAAGCGGAUGCCGUUCCUUGUUCAGACGCAGGUGCGCCUUGUGCGGCAAUUAUCGCCGGGUGAUUCUUUGAUGUUAGAUGCAUUGGAUGAGGUUGGAGGUGGUUCAUUGCAGCCUGAGGUGGGUGGAGAGCUGGUCCAGCCUUACCUACAGGCAAUGGCCGCUGGUCUUGCGGUGAUCGCCCCUUCCAUGGAUGAGAGCUUUCGGUUGGGUGGCAAGCCGAGGUGUCUUUGUGCUGGUAUCGGUGGCGGCGCUCUUCUGAUGUCAAUCAGAAUGGGGCUUCAGUGUGAUGUACUAGGGAUAGAGGCUGAUGGUGUUGUGCUGGAUGUUGCAAGGAGCCAUUUUGGAUUGGUAGAGGAUGAGUUCCUUCAAGUCCGUGUUGGUGAUGCUAUUCAAAUGAUCCAGGAUUUUGCUCAUCAAGGGGACCCUGAUAUGAAUUUCAGUGCGAUUAUGGUGGAUCUUGAUUCAUCUGAUGCUAUAUGUGGAGUCAGUGCACCACCGUUGGAGAUGACAAAGGAAAGCAUUCUUCUUGCUUCACGCACGAUCCUACAUCGUGAUGGGGCUUUCAUAUUGAAUGUUAUCCCUCCUGCUGCAGAUGGAUCCUUCUACAAAGGGUUGAUUGAUGUUCUUCGCCAUGUCUUCUCUGAGUUGUAUGAAAUAAAUGUCAGUAAUGGUGAAAAUUUUGUCCUUGUUGCCACAGUGUCACCAGUUGAAACUAUCCUUGCUGAUAGUUCAGGAAGCGUUCUGACAAAAUUGAGGAAAUUAGCUGGGGAUUUUUUGGAACACAUAACGAGAAUCUGACAUUCCAAGUCACUGUAUUGUUGCUCCAAUUGGCCUCCACAACAUCUGUCCAGAAGUUAUUUUGUUUGGAUUUGUUUGCAUACUAUUCAGACGGCUAUAGUAUUUCACUGUUCUUAUCUCAAAUGAAGAAGUCCAUUUGAGCCAGCCACUGGAUUUGAUACCCCAGAUUCCUCAGCUCUUCCUGAGUAUUUACUGCUGUAUUUCAGAUCUUAUUUAACUGAACAGGUAAUAGCAACAAUUGAGAUAUCAUUACAAAAUCGCUUGCUUCCCAAGAUGAAUAUUUUGUCGUGAUAUAUGUAGCACACCUCUGCCAAACAGAUCUUGUUAAUGUCAAUGCAAUGCAAAAUGAUACAUCUGACA